GAGCAGUUGAUGUUAGCAAUCAACGCAAGUGUUUGAAACAAAAAAAAAAAGAAAUACAAAAUUAUAGCAACAGUCAAGCAAGUAGCAGCAACAAAAAAUUGUAGGCAUACAUACACAUACAUCUGAAAGUGCUGUGUAGUAAAAUAUACAAAUACAAGCAAACGGAAAGCUCACAAACACGCGGGUGCUGGUAAAAUUCCACUGUGAAACGAAGGAAGUUGUGUAUUAAUAAAAUAAAUAUAAAAUAAUUUAAAGUGCAAAACGUGUAAAUCGUGCCGUGUGACAAAAAAAAACCAAUCACGUUUUUCGACAAUCGUUCGCGGAGCUGGUAGCGUGCAUGCGUGUUUAGCAGAGAGCAAGUCCCGCGACCAAAACGAGACGCGAGUGCAAAAAAUUUCAAGGUUUCGAACGCAGCCGCAUCGCUAGCAGAAAACGUGUGGGCAUCAAGUUAACACGGGCGGGGCAGACCAGGCUAAUACAAUUAAACAUUGAGCCCGAGGCUUACAGUGGUACAACAAGUGUGGUGAAAUUGACAAAUUGAUAAACAUCCCGAAACCUGCUAUCGCUCAGUAAGAAUUAAGCCCCCUAGUACAUAUAUAUCAGCGAAUACAUAAAUGCGAGCAUAGUGGUGUGUACUUAAGGUCUUAUCGCACCCGUUGCUGUCUCCGUUAUCGGCACAGUCACAAAAACGAAAGACUAACGCUGCUGAUAAACGUAGCACAGUCAUCACUUACAGUCAACAGACAAGUGAUGCGCCUUAUCGGAAACAGAUUACUCCUUUAACUAUUUUAACAUAAACAGAAAGACAAUUCGAAAUGUUAUGCUACAUGUAAAACGGUUAGGGGUGUCGCAAGUGUGCAAAGAGUAUUGGAUAUUUAAGUGUGAUACAAAUUGUUAUAUAAAUUAAUCAGAUUAAAACUAAAAUCUAAAUAUUUAAAUUUGUUGAAUAUUUAAAUACAUUAUUUAGCAAGUCGACUUGUGUAAUAUUCAAAGUGACCCCACCAGAAAAUACAACCUAGCAAAAAAUUGUAAUUCGCCGCAAAUAAAUUCGCCGUGGCCGACAACCUGUUUGCUGUCAUAUAAAUUUGUGCGCUCUUUCGCCGGCUUUUUAUCUUGUCUCUCCUUCAUUGACGUAAAGAGCGAUACCGUCCACCAUUCCACCGCAACUGCAAGUAACGGUGACGCAGGAGCAGCAGCAGCAGAGGACGGAGCCACGCAAAGCAGCCAUCGCAAUUUUGCCAAGGAUCGCAGCCUCUAGCAGCACCAGCAGCCACCGCAGUCACAGCAACAACAACAUGGAGCCUUACUGGAGCGAAGCCAACGGUCAUGCCGCACAUCCGGUUAAGUAUGAGAGCGAAGCAGCUGUCUCCAGUUUUCCUUAUUGCACAGAAUCUAGUUUAAAUUUUUCAACAUCGGCAACAGCAUACAGCGAGGAUGAUGCUGAAUAUGCCACCGGAAGACGUAAUAAAACAUCGAGGCAAGAUCCAUUGUCGCAUCGCAUCAUUGAGAAGCGGCGCCGCGAUCGCAUGAACUCCUGCCUGGCUGAUUUGUCCCGCCUCAUACCUCCACAGUAUCAGCGCAAGGGGCGUGGCCGCAUCGAGAAGACCGAAAUCAUUGAGAUGGCCAUCCGCCACCUAAAGCACUUGCAGAGCGAGUGCCUUCAGAAGGAGAGCGAGUACCGCAGCGGUUACAUGGACUGCAUGAAGGAGGCGGCAAAGUUUCUCUACGACAGCCAAAUGCAGGACUUUUGCUAUCGACUUUUGGCCCGCCUGCAGGAGCAUAUAGACGAGGUGUUUAAAGCUGACUGUUACAAAUCCACCCGCAGCUGCCACAUUUCGGAUAACGUGAGUGCCUCCAGUGGCAGCCCGCAUCAGGCGUAUCAUCAGCCUCUGUGCCAUCUGCGCGACAUGCAGGGCGCCUCUGAACACAGCAGUGACCAUAAUGAUGUCAAAGAUCUGAGUUUCCGCAAUCAUCUCAAUCAGCUACAGCGUAGUCAUCAAGCAGCUGCGGCGGCCGUUGCUGCUGCCGCCGUGACCAAUGCCAGCACUUCCAGUACCAGCAUGGAGCGCCAAAGCCCGAGUAAGCUCGCUGUGGGCAGCGGAAAUGGUAUGGUCAACGGCAUCGCUACCGAUAAUGUACCCACCAAUUCAACAGGCUCUAACGCUGCAAGCAGUAAUGCGGCUAGUUCGACUACAUCUACAUCCACAUGCCACACGUUGGCUAAGGCGCCUGUGGCCGCUGUUGCCAUUGCUGCCCACCAGCAGCCGCAUCAGGCGCCAGUGAUUACAUCGACGGCGCCUCAUCAUCACACAGAUAGUAGUCAACACGAUUUUGAGUCUUCGCGUGAGCCGCUGCUUCACACGGAUACCUCCAACAUGCACUCGCCCCCACCGCGGGACUCUCUGCUGCAGCAGCAUGCUCAUUUGGCCCAUAAUCAUCACACAACUGAUAGCCUAAUGUCGCUGCGGAUGCGCAACUACUCGGAAUCCUCGCAUGAGAUCGAACACAACAACAAUUACAAGUACAAGAACCACAUCAAGGAGCGUUUUGUGCACGAGCUGCACGACGAGGAGACGAGUAGCGAGCACGCGCCGCACCUGCAGAGCGAGCAUUCGCAUUUGCAUGCACUUUCCGAACACUCCAAGGACGGUACCGAGCCUGAGAUAGCACCCAUAAUGGCCAAGAAGCGUAAACUUGCCGAAGCAGCCUGCAAUGGAAACCUUCUGCUGGAUGUGCACAAUGAAGCCAGCAACACAAUUCCGCCACGUCCCAUGGUGUUGGUGCGCGACGACAAGCUCCCUUUUAGCUUCAGUGAUAUUAAGGACAUCAAGGCGGAGCUGCACAAUAGCAAUUCCAACUCCGGUCCGCUACUGGCCAAGCUUAACGCUGCAGGCGCGCAGUUAAGCACGCCUAGCAGCACGACGGCUCCACUGCCGCCCCGUCACUCGUUUACUGUACCUAUCUUUGCGUUGCACGGACAGGGUAAUUACUAUGUUCCACUUAAUGUGGAUUUCAAUGCACUGGUGCCGUACCUCAACGGUGUAGAUCUGCUCGAGAAGAGCUACACGAGUAUGCCCGUGGUGCAUCCCAUCAAUAUAAAUGUCAACUUUAUGUCCAGCUCGGCAUCAUUGUUAGCGGCUGCUGCUGCCGCCGCUGCCGUUGCUGCCGGCAAGCAACAGGCAGUGGUCGCCCCAACCGCUGGCUCACUAAGUGCUAGCUCAGCAGCAGUUCAGGCGGCUGCUGCUGCAGCUAAGGCCAAGCUGGAGCAGGCCAUUAGCAACAGCUGGUAAGCUUCGCUGACUCGAAAGGGACGCACCACAGACAACGGAAGAGAACAAGUCUACCUCACCACUUAUGUGAAUAAUCAUCAAAUGAUUAAUUCCUAAUAUUGUGCGAAAAUCAAUCUGUUGGGAGUCGCUUGGCUGCAGCAGUAUAAACACACACACACCACACAUACACAAACAAUUGUUAUUCUGUACAAGUAAGAUGAUUUAACUGAAGGACAGUGAGCAACCAGUUAUGAACUGGUCGCAGCCUUUGAGGCGCGCCUGUUUAUUGAUCCACUGAGCAAAGUCUACAUCAAAAUUGAACUGUUUUAAGCCAACUUAAUGGAAAUUUUGUUUACAAAUAGUUACAAAAUAAGAUUAAUGAAAAAUUCUACAAAUUUCUAAGAGAAAUAUACACAUAGAAAUGUGCAUGUUUAAUGCCAAGAGCCAGCCCACAUUAAAAAAUCUAAUGGAUUUAAAUUAUAAUUAAUUGUGAAUUAAAUAUAUUUUUAGAUGUGUAAAAUUUUUUUGAAACUUUAAUAAGCGUUUUUGUGGUUUCAAAUCAGGCUCCAAGUGCGUUUUAUUUUUAAAUAAAUAAAUAUUCAUAAACCACUAGUCAAAUCAACAUUUAAGAACUAAAAAAAAAAUAUUUUAAAUGUUGAUGUGUAUAUAUUUUUAUCAUACAAAUUAUAUACAAUGUAUUUGUUUUAAGUUUUAUUAUUUAGCAACCAACUAUUUUAAGUUUUUAUGGUUCCAGGUUUUCGCAAAAAUUUUGGGCAAAUAUACAAAAUACGUCAAUUUCGUUCAAGUUUGUACCAAAUUUCAUUUUCGAAAUGGGGAACUUUUAUUUUUUUAGAUAAAUAUGUAAAUAACUUUUUCAUCACUGUUUCUGUCAU